AUGUUCCUUAAGACCGGAGUCAUCAAACCUAUUGAAAUGGGUCAUGCUUUUGUGUUUUGUUCAAAACUUAAUGGCAAAAGUAUAGAUGAUUUAAUGUCCGUUUUUUCAAAUGUAAAAGAACAUAUCAAGGAUCUUAAUAAUACAGAAAUUCUUGAAAAGCAAGGUCAAUCUUUACUUUCCUUUUUUCCGAUCGGUAAACUUAUGUAUGAAUCCAUUUAUAAAGACAUUAUUGCUGUUAAUUGUUUGGUUAUCAACAAUAACGUGAAAAAACUCUUUCUUCUUAUUUGCAACAAAAUUGACCAUGAAUUAAAGAUAAAUGAUUAA